AGCCUCAAGUCUUGACAAUGAGCAAGCCACUCAUCUCAGCGAAUGGGUAAGCGUGGGCAGAAGCGAGCUCUGGAUAGUGGAGAGGAGGUUCCUCUACGCAGCGAUGAGCUACGCCCACCCGAUGAGCUCCCCGAACGCGAGGCCGCAGCAGUGCGCGUCGCGCUGGAGCGCUGGCAAGAGCUCAGGCUGCGGGCAGAGGUUUUGAGACCGAUGCUGGAGCAUGAGGACCGGCUGAUGCAGGACAUCCUUGACAGAGGUCUCGGCAGCGAAGACCGCAAGACUCUGCGAAAGCUGGCCAGUGUAGGUGCGCGCGACGCAGAGGCCGAGGCUGCGCAGGUCGCAGAAUCCGUGGGCCAGGAGCGGCAGCGCUUGCAGGAGAUCCUGAUGCAAAAUCAUCGGGAGCUGCUAGAGCUGUCCACCACAACUACGCCCGAUGACAAGAAGGAGCUGAUAGCUGAGAUGGAUGGUGUUCUGGAUGAGCUGAAGAAAGCUCAGGACGCCGUGCACGUCGAGCUGUUAGCCACCAAGGACAGAGAGGACAUGUGUGCCGUACGUGCUUACGGCCGGUCCCUCAACGACCUUAAGGCGCUCACCCGGCGUCUUGACUGUGAGCGGAGAAGCUUAACGAAAAACUCCGUUUUGGCCACUCUGCUGGUCACAGUCUGCAGACGGAUACUGCCGGUGCGACAGAUCAAUCCUUCGGAGCUGACGAACAUACCGGCUUCAUACGAAGGAUACUUGCAGAUCUUGGAUUUCUAUUUCUUCUCGGACGCCAGCCUCUACUGCUUCGGAGAGCACUUCUCGGGGCCGAACUGGUUUACUCGCCUGAAGCGGAAUGUGGCGAUCCUGUCUGUGUCAGAUGCAGAUGGGAACUGUGUCUACAACAACUUCGCAGUUAGCGGUGAAUACAAGACCCCUGGUGCUCCGUUGGCGCCCGAUGGGGGCCCUCUGCAGUCCAUCGAAGCAGCGGAUGAGAAUGGCCGUGUCUUCGACCGGAGGCAUGAUGCCGAGUUUAAGCUGCUGACUGGCCUUUGCGGCGCGGUGCCGGCGGAGAAGCGACCGACCUGGAGCGCCUCCGCCACGCUGUGGUCAAAGAAACCCCUCUGCCGCAGCUGCGCGGGCGCGGUGAGUCAAGUCGAGGGCCUCUUCCCGCGCAUGAGCGUGGCCAUUGUGGUUGGAGAGCCCAAGACGGAGGAGGAUGGCUCUGAGGCGGGUGGCCGGCCACUUCCGCAGUCUCCUGGCGCAGACAUCUUCGACAUUUACGUGGGGAAGGGCCGAUUCAGAAAGUCCAACGCAAUGAGAUAUGAAUUAUACUAUAUAAUACAACUCCUUGAACUAUAUAAACAAGACAGGAAGUCUGUUCAAAGCGCUGUUUGAAGGGGUGUCGCAGAAAUCUUCAGGCCUCUCGGGGGAUUGGGUGAACAAAGGCUCCUGCAUCAUUGUGAGUGAGGUCUGAUGUUUUUCAUUUCCACCAUUUUCCUUCUAGUUUUAGGGUCGGCCGGGUCAAGAGUGUUUUGCGAAGGCCAAUGGGCCUGAGUCAUGGGCCUGAGUCAUGGGAUUGGAGCCCUUGACAUGCGCUGUCGUUUGAGCAGGUGCCGAACGGCAAAAGGCUGAAGGUCAAUGGCUUUCGAGUGGAGCCCAGCCGUGUUCCGUGGGCGAAGUGAGUGUGAGCACUGGCUGAUGACAAAGGUCCGCACCUUUGUCUCACCAAAGAGGAGCCCGUCCUGCGGAGAAGCAAACUGUUGCAUCAUCAGCUUGGCGGCCUCUCUAGCCGAGCGGAC